UUCCAGCGUGUCUUUGCAACUGUGCCACAGAGGAAUGCAGAAUGUGGUGGACUCUGGGUCUUCUGCUCCUGCAGUCUCUUGUCCAUGAAUCACUGCAGGGCCCUCAUCAGCGCUUCCUGCUGCGGGAACUGCUCAGGGACUACAACCCCAUGGAGCGGCCGGUGGCCAACGACUCCCAGGCCCUGACAGUCCAGUUCUCAUUCAUUCUGAUGCAGGUCAUGGAUGUGGAUGAAAAGAACCAGGUUCUCACCACCAACGCCUGGCUUCAGAUGCACUGGUAUGACCACUACCUGCAGUGGAACCAGUCCGAGUAUCCCGGAGUUAAAAACCUUCGCUUUAGUCCUGAUCAAGUGUGGACUCCUGACAUCCUGCUUUACAACAGUGCUCACGACAAGUUUGAUGCAACAUUUAAGACCAAUGUUCUCGUGAACUCCAGCGGCUUCUGUGAGUACCUGCCUCCAGGGAUAUUUGUCAGUUCCUGUAACGUGGAUGUGAGGUGGUUUCCAUUCGACAUCCAGCGGUGUGAGCUCAAGUUUGGGUCCUGGACUUUUGACGGCUGGCUGUUAGAUAUUCAGAUGAAGGAGGCAGAUGUGUCAGGCUACAUGACCAAUGGCGAGUGGGACUUGCUGGAGGUUCCUGGUGGUCGCAAUGAGAUUUUCUAUGACUGCUGUGCUGAGCCUUAUCCCGAUGUAACAUUUAUCGUGACCUUACGGAGGCGGACUCUUUUCUACGCCCUCAAUCUACUCAUCCCCUGCGUUCUUCUGUCCUCGAUGACGCUACUGGUUUUCCUUCUACCGGCAAACUCUGGAGAGAAGAUCAGUUUAGGCAUCACUGUUCUGCUCUCUCUGACUGUCUUCAUGUUGAUGGUGGCAGAGAUCAUGCCCGCCACUUCAGACUCGGUGCCAUUAAUUGGUCAGUACUUUGCCAGCACCAUGGUGAUUGUUGGGAUGUCAGUUGUGGCCACAGUCAUUGUGCUUCAGUUCCAUCACCACAACCCAAACAAUGGACACAUCCCAAGAUGGGUGAACUUGGUCCUGCUGCAGUGGGUCCCUUGGUUCCUCCGGAUGAAGCGUCCAGGUGAAGGAGGUGACUCCACGAACAGUCACGCUGACUCCCAAAGCAAGACCUUGUCUUCUCCCACCACCACUGCCACCACCACCUCCAUACACACUCCAGUGCCGUCCAUCCUACCCCAAAGUUUCACCUACUUGCACGCCAGCCUGGCUCAGCUUAGUCAUCCUCUGCAGCAUCACGGGGGCGGGUCCAAAACCAUUCUGAGUUCAGCUCAAGCGAAUGGCCACCUUCCUUACAUGGGCUUUCAAACCCCUGCUGAUCAGGAGUCAUCUCAGAGGAACAGAGCCACGGGUUUUAGAAGAGGCAGCAGUGGACAAGCUGGCGCCGAUGGGGAAGGAGCAGUUGGAGGAACAGACACACCAGUUCAUCAUCUCAUAUCAUCGGCUAAAUUCGGAAGCCCACCAUUGGAGGCUCCAAUUUCCCCUGACUCUGAUGCAGCCACAUCUUCCUCAGGACCCAGCGGCCUUGACUCUGUUGCUGGAGCAGGAAGAGCCAACGUCACAAACACUCACAGCAGUCUGAUCAGAGGUGUUGCUGUUGACAACCAGCUGCAGGCUCUGCUUGUAGAGGUGCAGUUUCUGGUGGAGCGUGUACGCGAGCAGGACCGGCAGCUGAGUGUAGUGGAGCAGUGGCAGUUUGCUGCAGCCGUCAUUGAUCGGCUGUGCCUUGUCGGCUUCAGCGUUUUCAACAUUGUCUGCACUAUCGCCAUCCUCAUGGCUGCCCCGAACUUUGGAGAAGCCUUGUCUAAAGACUUUCUCUGAAAGAUUUGUGACUUAUUGAAUCAGAGUUGUGGAAUUGAACAGUGACAUGUUGGAAGCACAAUUUUUCGUGAAACCUUUUUUGUUUGUUUGUUUGUUUGUUUCAGUUCACAGAAAAAGUUCAAUAUUCUAAAUAUUGAAUAUGCUCAGAUGGUCAUUGCGGGGGUUUGUUCUCUGUAACUGAUGCCAACGCUGUGGGGUCAAGGACAUUGUUUCAAAUGGGAACAUAAAGGGAAUGCCAUUUUUUCCAACAAAGUAGGAAGCAUGACUCAUACAGCAUUUGCACUGUAUUGUUCAGCUGCAUGUCAAAUAACAUGCACUUCAGCA